GCUCAUGUUGAUGUGAAAAUGGCGGCACUCCUGUUGCAGGAGUUGGAGGCUUCCGAGCUAUCUAAGCUACCUAAAACAAUUCAAAGCAAACUAGAAAAGAUUAUUUCUGAUCUUCAGCAUGAAAUCCAUUCAUCGAAAGCGCAGCAUGAACAGUAUCGGGUUGACAGUGAACAACAGUUUUUUGAAAAAGCUAAACAGCUUGCUCUGAGUCAGACAGAGCUUUUGACCCAAACUGAAGAACAUCUUAAACUCAAGAAGGAGUUCGACAAGCUCAGCGAGGAACUUAAAAGUGUCCGUGACAGAAAUGUGGAGUGUGAAAAUGCUCGAGAAAAGUUAUCAACAGAGCAGACUUUGCUCUCAAAAGCCAAAGAAGACCUGGAGGCAGAAAAGCGAGAACUUAUUCGAACACUGGAUAGGAGAUCUCUGGAAGUAGAGCAUUUAAAUGAUGACUUGAGGCAACUCAAUGAUAAGUUGGUGGAAGUCAAUACUUCUAAGAUUGCUCUGCAGAUGAAGUUGGAUGAAGUUGAAGCAGCGGAAGUAAGCAUAAAAUACAAAGAGAAGCGAAUGGAGCAAGAAAAGGAGCUGUUACAUGACCAAAUAUCUUGGCUAAAAGACGAGCUGAAGGCCAAGACGGAAGAACUGCUGUCUUUGUCCCGGGAGAAGGGUAAUGAAAUCCUGGAGCUAAAAUGCACCCUGGAGAAUAAAGAAGAUGAGUUAAAAAACCUCCAAGAUCAAGUGGCGAGUCUGAAGACUUCAAAUGAACACCACCAGAAACAAAAUGAGGACAUGAUCAGCAAAUUAAAAGAAGCAAAGGAGCAACAGACUACAAUAGAGGACAAGUUUAGAAAUGAACUGAAUGCCAACAUUAAGCUUUCCAAUUUAUACAAGGAAGCAGCAGCAGAUUCCGAGUCAAAGAGCGAGGAGCUGAGUCGAGCAGUGGAGGAACUGCAUAAGCUUCUGAAAGAUGCUGGAGAAGCUAACAAGGUUCUUGAAGAGAAGCUGCAGGAAAUGACUAGUGCAUCUGAUAAAAAUGCCGGUGAAUUAAAGGACAGGAUUCAGAGUCUUGAGAAGGAGCUGGACAACGCCAAUGAACUGCUCUCAAGUUCUAAACAUAGAAGUUCUGUUGGUUCUGCUGUACUGACUGAGGAGCAAAUAACAACAAUGUCUCCAACAGCAGCAGCUGUGUCCAAAAUCAAACCUGGCAUGAAGCUGACUGAGUUGUACACAGCAUAUCUGGAGAGCCAGGAGCAGCUGCAGUUGGAGCGUCUGGAGAAUAAACGAGUCAACAAGUAUCUAGAUGACAUUGUGCAGGAAGUAGAAGCUAAAGCCCCAAUGCUCAAACGGCAGAGGGAUGAACAUGAGCGCAUGCAAAAGUCUGUGGCCAGUCUCUCUGCCAAAUUGGAGCUGGCUGUUAAGGAGGUGCACCGUCUGCAGAACGAGGCUGAUGAAGCCAACAAGCGUGCUUCUCUCCUGGAAAGGGACAACCAGAGGUCUGAUCUUCAGCUGGGUGAUUUAGCUCAGCAGGUUCGUGUGCUGCUGAUCGAGCUGGAAGAAGCUCGUGGAAACCACGUGCUUCAUGAAGAAGUGAGCUCAGUUGACGUCAGUAGCACAUCAGAUGUGAUCAGCCAACACUUGGUGACCUUCCGCAGUUUGGAAGAGCUUCAGAAGCAAAACCAGCGUCUUCUGGUGGCUCUCAGGGAACUCGGUGAUGCCCAAGAGAAAGAGGAGCUUGAGUCCACUGGCAAUAGGCGUAUGGAACUGGAGCAGAGUUUGGAGAAAGCUCAGACUGAGCUGGAGUCUCUGAAGGAGCAACGCAACCAGCAGAUAAAGAUGACUGAGUCUAUUGUGAGGCAGAGGGACAUGUAUCGUGUGCUGCUGGCUCAGGCAACUGGAGUUGCAUUCCCUCAACAAGGAACACCACCUGAGGAGUCAUCUCUGACAUCUACUCCUCGACGUUUAUCAGCAACCACUCCCACCGCAGGGACACCGACGGCACUCGUCUCCAUGGCUGCAGAGUCUGCUGAAGCUCUUGAGGCCAAAGCAGCUUUGCGACAGUUGCAGGAAGUGUUCUCCACAUAUAAGAGCGAGCGUUCGGAGAGUGAAAAGGCAAUGACCAAACAAAACGAGAAGCUCCAGGAGCAGCUGUCUGAUCUCCACUCACAGAAUGCCAAGAUAUCCACCCAGCUAGAAUUUGCCUCAAAGAGGUAUGAGAUGCUGCAGGACAAUGUCGAGGGAUACAGGAAGGAGAUUGCCUCACUUAGAGAUAAAGAACAGAAGAUGUCUGCUGCCACGCAGAAACUGGAGCAGACUGUUCUUACUCUGAAUGAGGAACUUAAAGCUGCCAAGGAGAAACUCACCCUGACUGAGGGUGUUGCUGAGAAACUUUGCAAGGAGAGAGACAUGCUGAAGCUGAUUGAAUCCAGACUGAACCAGGAGAAGGAGACAGUCCUGAGUCAACAGCAGAGCCAGAACGUGCUGCUGACCAAUCUCCAGUCUAUUCAGUCCACUCUUGAGCGUUCAGAGAAUGAAAUACGUCAGCGUCUCAACAGCCAGCUAGAAAAGCAGGAACAGCAGAUUUCCCAGCUACAGAAGAGGCUUGAACAGGAAGUGGAACAGCGCCACCUGUUCAGCAGGAACCAGGAAAUCCAGUUAAUGGAAGUAAAGAGGCAGUUAGAGACACAAGUUGCAUUAAAUCAGAAAACCAAAGACCAACUUAAUGCUGCUGAGUUAGAGCUCAACACCUUCAAGAUGCAGCAGGGCAGCAAUGAACCGCGUCACGCCCUGGGCUCCCCAUCUACACCCAUCAUCAGAGGUCUGCGGGGUUCAGAUCAAGACAGAGAGGAGCUCCAAGGCCGCCUGCAGCUGGCUGAAACCCGGGCAGAGGAGCUGGCAGAGAGCCUUAAGGCCAUGACCUUUAGCAUGGAGCAGUACAGAGCCAUGGCUCAAAGCCUGGAGGAGUCGCUGGAGACAGAAAAACAGGUAACCGUGCAAGCCUGCUCAUCCAUGGAAACUCGUAUGAAGGAAGCUGGAGAGAAGCAUCGCAGGCUGGAGGAGAAGAUCCUGGAAACGGAGAAAGAAAAACAAAACCUUGAGGAGGAGAAGAAGAGAGCUGUGACCUCUCUGGAGGAGCAGAUUAACGUCCUGAAGAGAAAUGUCAGCAGUGCCAAUGCAGAUCACCAGAUGGCGCUGCAGCAGCUGGCUGUAGCUGAAACUCAGAAGCAACAGGCUUUAGAAGACAGCCAAGAACAGGCUAAGCUGGCAGCUGAGGCCCAGGAUAAAUAUGAGCGAGAGAUGAUUCUGCACGCAGCUGAUGUGGAGGCUCUGCAGGAUGCCAAGGCUCGGGCUCUACAGGCUGUCGAGUUCAGACAUCAGCUGGAGGAGAAAGUCCAGCGGGUCACCGCUGAGCUCCUGGAAGCCAGAGUCUCCUGGGAAGAACAGGAAAAGAUCCUCAAGGAGGAGAUGGCAAAGAUGGAAAGCCGCCAUGAAGAGUUACAGAGACAGAACUCACUCCUGCAUGAACAGGUUCAGACAAUGAGCAGCAAACUGGCUGACACUCUGCAGCGGGCUUCCAGUGAGAGUUCACUGAACGUGUCUUUGACUGAAGAGGGAAAAUCCGAAGACCAGCUUCUUGAGAUUCUCAGGUUUGUUCGUCGGGAAAAGGAGAUUGCAGAAUCUCGUUUUGAGGUGGCCCAAGGAGAAGGUUUACGUCACCGUUUGAGAGUGGAGCACUUAGAGCAAGAGCUCAAAGAGGUGCAGGACAGUUUGGCUGCUGCAAGGGAGCGAAUGCAGGUGACUGCAAAGACCCUGGCUCAGCAUGAUGAACUAAUGAAAAAGACUGAAACCAUGAACAUCUUAGUGGAGACCAACAAGAUGCUGAGAGAAGAGAAAGAGAAAAUUGCACAGGAGCUGCAGCAAAGUCAAGCUAAGGUGCAAAAGCUUGAGUCGGACAUUUUGCCACUUAAGGAGGCUAACUUUGAGCUGAGUGAGAGAAGUGGCAUGAUGCAGGCCGAGAAGACUAUACUGGAAGAGGAAGUGAAGCGCUGGAAGGCUCGAACGCAGCAUUUGGUGAGUCAGCAAAAGGAUUCAGAUCCUGAUGAGUUCAAGCGUCUGUUAUCUGAGAAAGAGGUACAUCUCAAACGCAUCCAGCAGCUCAUUGAGGAGAACACUAAACUUAAUGUGGAGUUGACCAGGACAAAAACCAGCACAGCAUCCUUGCAGGGCCAAUUGCAGAAUGCACGUGACAGUUUGAGUAAGAUUAAUGAGGAGAGGAUGAUGAUUAAGAAGGAACUGGAAACUAAGAACCAAGAACUCCAAGAGAAGUUGCGAACUAUCAACCAGGUUAAGAAGAUUGGACGACGCUACAAGACUCAGUAUGAUGAGCUUAAAGUGAAACAUGACACGCUGGUGGCAGAGACGGCAGCAGGUCCAUCCCAAGACGAGGAGGCACGUCAAGCUUCGGUUCAAGAACUGCAGAGUGUUAAAGAUUCUCUGAGUCAGGCUGAAACCAAGAACAAAGAACUGGAAGGACAGCUUGAGAACAUCAACAAGGUGGUCAUGGAGAGAGAGGCUGAAGCACGCAAUACUCAGGAACAGUCUUCCAGGUUACAAACGGAGCUGACGAGGUUGAGGCAGGAGCUGCAGGAUAAGGCAUCUCAGGAGGGCACUCUGAAACAACAGAUGGCUGAGAAGGAGGAGAAGACCAGGAAGGCUCUUCUUAAUGCCAAGCAGAAAAUCAGCCUCCUCACAGGCUCCAAAGACCAGCUGCAGAGGGAAAAUGAAGAACUGAAGCAGCAGCGGGAUGAACUGGAGAUGCGAAUGGGUGCUCUCAAGUCUCAAUAUGAGAGCCUUCUUAGUAAACAAGAGCGAGGGCUCAGAGACCUACGAGCUCAACAGGAGAGACAGGAUCAGAGAGAUGAGACACCUGAGGCAGGUCCUAGCAAGAUCCAAGAGCAGCAGAGGGGCACAGAACAGAGACAGAUCAGUUUGAAGACGACCUCUGCUGCAGACAGGGGCAGUGCCUGCACUUCUGAGCCUCCAACCGCCAACAUUAAGCCAACACCCGUAGUCGCUACAUCGAGCAAACAGCCCAACAACCCGGCUAACAAACCCACUCCACGAGCAAGCAUCAGGCCCAUGAUCACCCCAGCUCCUGUGCCCACGCCAACACCAACUGCCACCGUCAUGCCGACGACACAGGUGGAGACACAAGAGGCCAUGCAGUCAACUGAGGGCCCACCGGUGGAGCAUGUGACCGUGUACGGCAGCGCCAGCGGCUCUGUGCGCUCUGCCAGCCCUAAUGUCCAGACCACUUUAGCUAGCUCCAUGCUGACCGUUCAGCAGAUACAGACGCAGGCUACGGCUUUUGUUCAGCCAACACAGCAGCAGAGCAUGACCCACCCAGAACCAGCCAAUCAGGAGCCACCACCUGUAGUGAUUGAAGCAACACCCAGUUCUCAGGUGGAGUGGCCUUCAACGUUCUCCACCUCGUCUGUGUUUGGCACUGUUUCAGCGACACCUGGAACCUCUGCUUUGUCCAAGAGGCCUCGUGAAGAGGAGGAAAGCAGCACUGUAGUCACGGACACCGAAGCAUCUCAGGAAGACACUUCCAGGGCACCCAUACCCAAAAAGCUGCGCAUCAUCCAGAGAGUGGGUCCAGAGGAGGAGAUGCUGGCUGAGGAGAGUGCUGAGGCUGGGGGUGUGGUGCCAACGGAUAAUCAAGAUGGUGCUGAAGUGAGCCAGACAGAAGAGUUUUCAAACCUGGAGGAAUCAGAAGAAGCCGCAGCCUCUCUGUCUAUCUCAGUGGAAAUUGGAGUUACACCAACUCAAAGUGAAACACCUGACCCACUGCAGCAUGAAGUUAUUGUCAUACUGACUGACAGUGAGAGUGAAGACGAAGAAGAGGAGGAGGAAGAGGAAGAAGAUCAGGAAUAUGCAGAGGAGGAGGAAGAGGAAGAUGAAGAAGAGGAGGAGGAGGAGGAAGAUGAAGAUGAGGAGGAAGAUGAUGGGGAUAUGGGGGAGGAAGGCGAAGACAGUAAUGAGGAGAGUGGAGAAGGCAACGAGGCUUAUGAAGCAGACGACGCAGAGGGAGCUGAUGUAACAGACCCGGGCACUGAGACAGAGGAGAGUUUAGGGGCGUCUGACUCCACCCAGAGGCCUGCAGAUUCCCAGACACCCAGCUUUGAAGGGAGUACAAUGGAGGCCUUCUUGGCAGAACAACCGAUCACAAGCUCUGGUACCCGAAUGCCCCAGUCACCACGGAGACCUAUUCAUCAGCUGCCGCCCCGACUGAACAUCCACUCCGCUCCCACAUCAGAACUGGGUCCUCCUGCGCAGGUUCAUCGUAUCCCUGUUCGGCGCCAAUCAGUGGGCAGACUCACGCCUGGAGUUUCGAGCAGUGCUCAACACUUCUUUGAAGAUGAUGACAGGAUGGUUCCCAGCACUCCCACUCUGGUACCUCCUCGUUCUGAUGGUUUUGAUCAGGCCGUUCAUUCCCCCCAGGUUGCAGGUGUGUCUCGCUUCAGGUUUGGCCCUUCAGAAGACCUUCCACAGACCAGCUCGUCCUCUCAUUCUGACCUGGGACAGCUCGCUUCCCAAGGAGGUCUUGGUAUGUAUGAAAGUCCUCUGUUCCUUCCAACCCACGAGGAAGAGUCUGGUGGACGCAGCGUUCCAACCACUCCACUACAAGUUGCACCCCCAGUAACUUUGCUCUCAGAGGCUGCACAGUCCGACACAUCGGAGCUCGCCUCCCAGUCGGUUCCCAUGGUGAGCACGUCCACACCAGGCCUAGUUGUACCAGGAACAGCCAGCUCAGGAGAGGAGAGAGACCUCUUCCUGGAACCAGACACUGACAGGCCCAGUGCUGAAGUACCAGUGGAUCCUGUGGUGUCACAGGGAGACACUGAGGAGCCAAGUCAACCAUCUGACAAGGCCAGCCUUCCCUCCACCAGCCAGGAGCCGUCUUCUAGUUCUGCUGAUACAAGCAGCGCUCCAGUUAGACACACUCGACCUGGACCCAGCAGACAGCUGCAGCGCUGGCCAGACAACCGUGGAGGACGCAUGAAAAGAGGAGGUCACGCUUUUCCUUCCCGGGGUGUUCCUGGAAGAAGAUUUCUGAGAUGAAGGACUUGCCAACCAGAACCGACCAAAACCCGUCAAACACUUUAAACACAUUUCAACAGAUUUUCUCUUGUUCUGAAGC